AACAGCGGUUAGCAUUCCAAUUCAUUGUUCUCACGCACAGCCUUUUCCUUAAGCAAGGCUGCGCUUAGCGACGCUUGGCAAGCAUAGUCGAACAUAAAUGCUCCCAUCGCGCAGGAGCACAUACCUCCGCAGCACUACCCUAUUAGGCACUUUUGCAUUCACGCUAGUUACCAUAUUAUACUUUCUUUCCCAUCAAAGUGCACAACAUGGCCCUUCCGUCGUAGUCAUCGGGCAGCAGCAGCAGUCGCUAACCGAUAACUCAACGCAAAGCAGCGUAUUAAGUAACAACUUUAGCACUGGAGAAACUGAAGUCCCAAAAGCCCAGGAGGAAGAUGCCUCCUCUGAGUCCAAGCCCGAGGGAGCAGCCCUAAUGAUGACAACAAUGCCAUCGGCACCCCCGCCGACUGCAAGGCGCCCGCCCCUCACAGUGGUCUGCGUGUCAGACACCCACGGGCUCUACGCACAGGAGGGCCUCCUAAAAGUCCCGGAAGCCGACAUGUUGUUGUUCGCUGGGGACGCGGAGGUGGGGUCGCCUGCAGAGGGUGUUGCCUUCUCCCGCUGGCUGGCUGGGUUGCCGGUGCGCGGUCCGCGGGUGGUCACUUGGGGCAACAUGGACACGGGGACCGACAUGCAGGGUGUGGGUGCUGUCCUGGUGCCCGCCGCCACCCUCAUAGUGGACUCCAUCAUGGAGGUCGCAGGCUACCGCAUCUUCGCGUCGCCCUGGACCCCGCGAUUCGCCGGCGCCUACCAGCUGGAUGCUGAGGGCGAGGCACUGGACCGCUUCUGGGCGCAGCUGCUGCCGCCCAAUGCGGAUGUGGACAUCAUCCUGACCCAUGGGCCACCCUACGGCAUCGCGGACAAGGCGCGAGGCCAGCACCGGGGGGACGUGGGGCUGCUGCGGGCGGUGCAGGCCCUUCAGAAGCCGCCGCUGCUGUGGGUGUGCGGGCACGUGCACGAGCAGUACGGCAGCCACGCAGUGCCCCACCCCGCCGCCCCGGGGGGUGCCGUACCGCUGAUCAACAGCGCCGUAUUCUACGUGCAGCGGCGGGGGCACGGCGACAGCGCGCAGCCGCGGGUGAUGCGGCUGCCGGAGGGGGAGGUGCUGCUGCCGGCGGCGGGGCCGGGGGCGACAUGAAGGAACGGAGGGAUGCGGUGGAUCUGGUCUGUCGUACAGUGACGUGCGUGCGUCGGUAGAUGCAGGGGCGGCAAGCGGACAGUCCCCACCUGCGAACAGGCAGCAAAAGUCGCGACAGCACCGCCGGCCACCCGUCAAGCCCGCAGGGCAGGGUCCGGGCCACACCGAGCCGUCUGCCUGCCUGCCCGCCGGCCGUACAGAGCGCCAUGGCUGCGGUACGGCACGAUCCUGCAAGCGGGCGACGAACGACUGAAUCGGCGGCUUCAGGAGUUACGGAUUAGCGCAAGUAGCGAGUAUCUUGUGCCUUCCAGUGUGUAGGACACGGCCCGAGGAAGCACUAGCACUCCCAGCGAUACAAGAAGACCAUGCGGGUUGCUGUCGCCACAUGCAGCUGGGUAGGUGGGCGAGGCGUGAGGACGUUGAAGGGGGAGAGCAUGGGUCGGUGGCUGGCGGACCUCCCAGCGCUCCCACCACCAAUUCUCUUUGUCAAGGCCGCUAACGAAUAGUCAUGCGGCUGGUUGAACCGUGAACGUAGAACCUCUUUGCUCUGCGACAUGUACGGACCCAUGGGUCACCCGCAGAGUGGGAUGCGGGCAUAUAGGAGCAGGAAUGCGUUGGGUACGGCGUUGGCUAUCAUGCUUAUCAUGGUGAACGUGCCGAGUGCGAGCGGAGUGCUUGCCAACCUCAAC